AUGUCGAGACCAGUUGAUUUCGUGAUUGUAGGUCUUGGAAAUCCAGAAUCAGAAUAUGCCACCACACGUCACAAUGCCGGCUAUAUAUUUAUUGACUAUCUCGCGAAUACAAUGGUGCUUGCACAAGGAGAAGGCACUCAAGGUCCCCCUGUAUUUUAUAGACGGUUUGACCUGUCAGCCGAUGUCCGAGAUACCGUAUUUACGUUUACGACUGAAAGUGAAAAUUCCACG